UUGACCCAUGACUACUCUGUUUCAACACCAAUCAACGCUGCAGCUGCCUCCGGCGACUCUUCCUUAUUACUUUUCAUCACUCUCUUGUCCUCACUCCUCCCACUCGUAAAAAGCUCACCAGAGACAAGACAACGGAGAGAUUCCUAUCCCACAACUCCUGUGCAUUGUGAUCUGGAGAGGAAGAAGGCAGGAGCAGGAUGAUGCAGGGUGCUGGCGCCGAGGGGAGGAACAACGGGGGCUCGCCGUCGUCAAUGGACGAGAGCAGCGCCAAGAAGGCGAGGCACGAGCUUCCCAACGGACACGUGAAGCAAGAGGUCGCCGUGCAGGAGGCCGCCGGAGAAGGAGGCGCGGUCAUCGCGGCGGAGUACGGCUCGCCGGUGGAACUGGCCGUGAGGAUCAACAUGCGGGUGCUCCACUGCCCUCUCUGCACCCGCCCGUUCAAGCCUCCCGUCCUCCAGUGCAAAGCCGGGCACUUGGCGUGUGGCGCCUGCGUGGCCGCUCUCCCACGCUGCCUGUGCAAGCUGUGCGUGGACGCCGACGGCGUCUUCGGCCUCUGCCCCGCGCUGGACGCGGUGGUGUCGUCGGCGAAGGUCGCGUGCCCCCACGACGGGUGCGGGCGGUUCGUCGUCUACCACGAGUCCGGCGAGCACCAGAACGCGUGCGCGCACGCGCCGUGCCACUGCACGGAGCCCGGCUGCGCCGGCUUCGCGGUCUCGCCUGAGGCGCUCGCGGGCCACCUCGCGUCCAUCCACGCCGUGCCCCUGCACACCGUCAAGUACGGCAAGGUCAGCCGGCUCCAGGUGCCGGCAUCCGUGCCGCGGCUCCUGCUCGUCGCCGAGGACGACGGGCGCGUGUUCCUGCUGACAGUGGGCGCGCUCGGCGGUGCCGGCACCACGGCCGUGUCGGUGGUGUGCGUCCGUGCGAGCGCGGCGGCGCGGCCAAGGUUCACGUGCAAGAUGUGGGUCAACCUGCCGCCGCCGCCGGCGGCGGCCGAGAACGGCAGCGGGAACGGCGGCAAGUCGGACGUGAUCCUGGUGGAGAUGAUGGUGCGGAGCAGCACGUCGCCUGGCGCUGUGGUCGCCGCCGACCAGCCAACGUUCCUGUCGGUCCCGCCGAUGUACCUGGUUCCGCGUCCGGGCGACGACGGGCCGUCCAGGGAGAUGCCUCUCAGCAUCCGCAUCGACAAGGUCUCCCCGUGGUCGUCCUGAUCCAUUCCUGCAGGUUUGGGACGUGUUCAUUGGGAAACCGCAGUUCAUCCUUAUAUCUUGGGGAUCCUACUGAAACUAUGUGUGAGUGUGUGACUGUGAGCUGAACCUACCUGUGACAGCUCUACUGAACUUAACUGUCACGUUAGGUGUUUAUGAAGGCAGAUGUUGCAUGCUUAACUUAGUCUAAUUAAGCAUUUCAUUUGGACCUGUUGCAACUUGUGAUGUGCUACUAAAUGUUUAAAGCUUGAGCUUGAUGUC